UAGCGCGCCUGUCUCUCUAGCCGGAAAGGCCUGCAAGCGGCAUAUAUCCCAGGAUUCUGCGCGGUGCCGUUCUUCCUGUCCCGGCCGCCAUCGGAGAGCAGCAGCCAUGGCUCUGCGCUACCCCAUGGCCGUGGGCCUCAACAAGGGCCACAAGGUGACGAAAAACGUCAGCAAGCCGAGACACAGCCGGCGACGCGGGCGCCUCACCAAACACACCAAGUUCGUGCGGGACAUGAUCCGGGAGGUGUGCGGCUUCGCGCCCUACGAGCGGCGAGCCAUGGAGUUGCUCAAAGUGUCCAAGGACAAGCGCGCACUCAAGUUCAUCAAGAAGAGGGUGGGCACGCACAUCCGCGCCAAGAGAAAGCGGGAGGAGCUGAGCAACGUGCUGGCAGCCAUGAGGAAGGCGGCGGCCAAGAAGGAUUGAUAACCCUCCCCCAAUAAAAGAUGGUUCCUACA